ACCACUUAUGGAUGAAAUAACAUAAGUCGGCAUUAUAAAGAUGAUGAUGAUGAUGCCAUGCUACUCGACACAAAAAAAGUACAACGAUUUGGUUAUAUUAAACACCCAUUGUCUUUAAAGUCAAUUUUUUUAUUUUCAGUUUAUCUUCAUAAUUUAUUUUAUUACAAUUUCACCAUUUUUGUUAUUUUGUUGUAAAAGUGAAACCAAAAAACAAAAAUGUCAAUUCUAUUAACACCAGAUAAAUUGAAUCAGAAAAUCAAUCGAAAUCUAAACAUUGCCCAUAUGUUUUUUCGAAAUAAAGAUUACAAGUCUGCAAAAGCAUAUGUCGAUGAAUUACUAGAAAUGAAACCAGAUUCACAUGAAGGUUAUAAAUUAUUAUCACAAAUCAAUGAAGCAUUUGGUCAAAAUGAAAUGGCCCUGAAAAAUUAUCAAAAAUCAUUGGAAUUAAAAGCGACUGAAUCUUAUAUUGUUCGUGGGGAUCAAAAUUAUCCAUCACCAUCCAAAUUAAAAACGACUUCUAAUCGAGCGAUUAUAAUUGGGAAUCCUAAAAAUGAAAAUGGUCCAAAUACAAGCCAGAAUACUUCUCCCACAGUGACAGUGGAUUCACAAGUUUUCAAAAACAUUGACAGUUUGAUUGAAAAAAAAUUUUCAUCCGUAAUGCAAGCGAUUCAAUUACUUUUAGAUCAAGUUGCUAUUGUUUCUAAAGCUCAAAAAGAUACUCCAGAUACUACAAUGUUAAAACUACAAUUGAAUGAACUCGAUAACAAAAUCACAACAUUAUCGAAUAAAAAUGAUGGAAUCAGUAAAUAUUUGAUAUCGAAUCAAAAUCAAAACAAAAUAUUGACGGAACUAGAUAAGGAUAAACAAGUAUUGAAAAUGGAAUUGGGUAAAUUAUCCAAUACAAUUAAGGAGUUUAACAUAAAAUUUGAACAAAAAUUUAAUGAAUUGAAUGAAAAAAUUGAAAAUAUCAAUAUUUGCCGCCGAAAUGAUCGUGGUGGUGGUGGCGGUGGUGGUGGUGGCGAUGACGAUGACGACGACGACGAUGAUGAUGAUUAUGACGAGGAUUGCCAUUGA